CGUGAGCUGGGCUAGUAGUCAUCCAACUUUAAAGCCAAUCGGUUCCAUCAUGUCCCAGAUCACCGAGAGCUGCUAUAAGUUGUGGGGUGGACGCUUCAGCGAGAAGCCCCACGAAGCACUCCAGUCGCUCAACAAUAGUCUGCCCUACGAUUCCCGCUUGUAUGCGGAUGAUCUGGAUGCCAGCAAAGCGUAUGCAGAGGCGCUCCACAGAGCGGGACACCUGAACGAAGCCGAGGCCGAUAAGCUGGUGAAGAAUCUGGAGCUGUUGCGAUUCGAUUGGAUCGAGGGAACGGUGAAGUUCCUGCCCGGCGACGAGGAUGUCCACACGGUCAACGAACGACUGCUGGUGGAGAUCACCGGCGAACUGGGCCAGCGACUUCACACGGGGCGGAGCAGGAACGACCAGGUGGUCACCGACAUGAAGCUCUGGCUUCGCAAGGCCAUCCGUGAGACGUUGGGGCGUCUGAGUGGAGUCAUCGAAGCAGCCACCCGGCAGGCGGAACUCCACCUGGGCGUCCUUAUGCCAGGAUACACGCAUCUACAGAGGGCCCAGGCCGUCCAGUUCUCGCACUGGCUGCUCUCCCACGCCUUCGCCUUGAAGGAGGAUGCUCAGCGGCUGGUGGAGCUGAGGGAUCGUUCUAAUAUUCUGCCCCUGGGAAGUGGCGCCCUGGCCGGGAAUCCCCUCGGCAUCGAUCGCUUGUGGCUGGCCGAAAGGCUGGGAUUCUCUGGCGUCACGGCCAACAGCAUGCACGCCGUGGGAGACCGCGAUUUUGUGGUUGACUUCAUCUAUUGUUGCUCCAUGGUGAGCCUGCAUCUGUCUCGCCUGGCCGAGGAUUUGAUCAUCUACAGCACCAAGGAGUUCGAUUUCAUCCGACUGGCCGAUGCCUUUUCCAGUGGCAGCAGCCUGAUGCCCCAGAAAAGGAACCCGGACAGUUUGGAGCUGAUUCGCGGGAUGGCCGGAGUGAUCACCUCCAAUCUGACGGGUAUUAUGAUGACCAUCAAGGGCACACCCUCCACCUACAACAAGGAUUUGCAAUUUGACAAGGAGUACGGCUUCCAAUCCUUCGACAAGCUGCAACAGGUGCUGGAAGUGACCAAUGGAGUUUUGCAGACGAUGGAAGUGAAACAGGAAUCGAUGGAGGCGGCCCUUAGCACGGAUAUGUUGGCCACUGACUGGGCCUACUAUCUGGUCAAGAAGGGCAUUCCCUUCCGUAAAGCACAUCACAUUAUCGGUCGCGUGGUUUCGGAGGCUGAAAAAAGAGGUGUGGAGAUUACUGAUUUGCCCCUGGGCGAACUGCAGGCCUUUAGCCCUUUAUUUGGAUCCGAUAUCGUUGGUGUGGCCGAUUACUCCAACAAUGUGCAGCAGUACAAUGCGAUCGGGGGAACCGCCAGUAGUAGCAUUGUGGAACAGUUGCGAUUGCUCAAUAAGUUCGCCAAGGAAUUGCGCAAACAGUCUUAGGAUCCCAAGUUUAUUUCAUUUUACGUUGUUUAACAAAUUAAAAAACUGCUUUAACAUUCAA